AUGCCUGAUCCUUCUCCUCCUCCAUCACCAUCUUUAGCUCCAUCUUUACCUCCAGAGGCUCGGGCCUCGUAUUACAUUAGAAAAUGCAAACUCGGCCCUCUUCUCAGACGAGAAUUCACUCCUUACAAGAGUUAUUUCCGAUUGAUAUCUGAAGAGUUCUCUCAAGUUGAACUUGUAGCUACCUAUACGAGAAAUUUGGGUGAUAUACAACGGAGAUUACGGCAACUCAACCAUGAUUUACGGCUUGCACAAGAAUUACAAGAUGAAUUGCUUGAUCUACAGCAAAUGUUUAACGACAUAAAUGAUGCCCAAGACGGAUUGCAAGAUCUCCCUUGGCAAAAUGAAUCUACUCUUUUGAUGGAUCAAUUAAUGCAAUUGCAGAAAAACUUUGAACAACUAAAUACUGUCGUCAAUGAAAUCAUGACUACUACACAUCACCAAGAAAUAGCAAAUCAGGACAUCGAAAACAUACAAAUACUGCAUAACCGUCUGAUUGAAAUCAAUGGAAACAUUGAACCAAUAAUUACAUUAGUCAGGAGAACAGUAGCAAACAUUUUGCUGAGGAUCAGACAGUGGAAAUUAGACUUGCAAAAUCAGUUACCAGAGCGCCUUGAACGACUGAACCCAUUAGAAAGACAAAUUAUUCAAAAUCUACGUGUGAUAGCAAAUCUUCGUGAAUUACAUCAAAUCAUUCUCCAAACUUUACCAACAGUGCAAAAUGUAUUAAGGCAAAAUGAUUUAACUGAAGAAGCGCGUUUGGAACAAAUACAAAUAUUGACGGUGACACGCGAACGAAUUACAGCAGCAGAAAAUCAAUUAAGAAUAGUGCAACCAAUCGAGCAACAAAGCCAGAGUACUUUGAACACCAAUGAAGCAGCAAGAGAAUCAUUCUGGAAUCAUCUGUAUAGAAAAGUAGCACUUGGCCCUAACAAUUUGAAUGCAGCUAUACAUUUUAGCCCACAUAUUCUAAACAAUUUUAACAAUUUCGAAGCAUCAAGAAGGGAAUCAGGGCUCGAUACUUACAGAUAUGCAAUUCCUACCUUGGAUCUAUUACAUAGAAAUUUAUCAAGCGCUUACGGAAGCGCUAUUGUUCAAACAAAAAAGAAAGGCUGUCAACGAAUCAUAAAUCAUACUCUGUUUGAUGAAAUUGUGUUUGAAGAAGAUGAAUCUGAAUUUCGAGGGAUUAUUUAUAAUACUAUCAACGAUUACGGUUAUGCUACUAAUCAUCCCCUCAAGUUUAUUCGUUUGAGCUAUCGCUUGCUGCAAGCAGCUUCUUCGCUUCCAGAUGCACCAAUCAAGUUAUGGAGCUUACUACCUCAGACUACUCACUCAAUGGUACAUGUGCCACUCAGUGGAAUACCAACUCUGUAUACUCUCUUUCAAAGGGCACAUCAAAACGGUCAUACAGUUUCGAGAUUUAUGAUUCCUACCGGCAAUUUCUUUCGCCUUACUGACUUUGAUCCCUUCUACUUUGGAUACGAGAACAAGACGAGUUGCAGAAAAAUGAAGAUACAAGAAGAACUAUAG